GGCAGCACAUUGAUCCAAGGACGGCGACCCCUGCCCCUCUGGGGUCCAGGCUUUGCAGGGAGCCACAGUGUGAGGGACAGAGGGGAUCCGCCAGUACAAGCAGGUUCCGGCAACGUCGGAGCUGGGGUGGGUGGGUGCUGGGCCGGGACCCAGGCUCUGGCGCCUCUCCCCGACAGGCCAGCCCUCGCCGCGUCCUGGAGCGCUAUUUCCACGCGGUGGUGGCCGCCGUGGAGCAGAUGGCCAGCGAACCCAACCCGAGCCGGGAGGGACACCUGGAGAGGCUGGAGGAGAUAUACUGCUCGCUGCUGGGGCCGGCGGCGGCCGCCAGGGGGAGCUGCAGCGGUGACCCCCUGCAGGACCCGCAGCCAAGCAUCCCUCUGCCCAGCCCCCACAUCACCUUCCACCUGUGGACCGAUGAGGAACAGCUCUGGAAGGAACUGGUACUCUUCCUGCGCCCACGAUCCCAGUUGUGCCUCAGUGCCGACUUGGAGGCCUUGGACCUGCAGGGCCUCUGGCCAGACCGGGAGCUGGCCCGGGCAUCCAUGCUGUCCACCGACAGCGGCAUCGAGCGGGACCUCCCUGCAGGGGCCGACGAGCUGCCUGUCCCCGGCAGCCCUGAGUUGGAGCGUGCCGGGUUGCAACGCAAAGGAGGCAUCAAGAAGCGGGUGUGGCCCCCCGACAUCCUGAUGCCUGCGUGCUGGGACGGGCCGCAGGGGCUGCACCGCAGGACGGGGAUGCCCAGCGGGGAUGGGGAGCUGCUGCCUGGGGUCUCGCGGCUUCACACGGCUAGGGUGCUGGUGUUGGGGGACGACAGGAUGCUGGGACGCCUGGCCCAGGCCUACCACAGCCUCAGGUAGGG